UAAAUUUGUAAAAAUGGCGAAUAGCAGACCGCUUGAAACUCAAGGACUCUCAUCAAAUAAUAAUGUCGAACAACAACAAAUCGCUCAACUGCAACACCCGGCAAAGAUGCAAUUCACAAAAGAGGAAUUACUGACUCUAAAAGAAUGCAACAGAGAAAGUUUCUGGAAAAGAUGUGUACCAUUCAGUAUUGGCUUGAUGACAUGUACACAAUAUCUAAUAAAUGCAGGGUAUCUAUCAAAGAGCCCAAGAUUUGGGUCAAUGAUGAAAUUGACAGCAGCUGGCUUGAUAGGAUACAUAGGUGGAAAAUUUUCGUAUCAAGGAAAAUGUAGAGAAAAAAUUUUAGCACUAGAAAAUAGUCCUUUAGCAGAUGCAAUGAGAAAACGUGGAACUGGUUUUAUGCAACAAAUGUCUGUACCAAACUCUGCUGCAAACUACCCUGAACCUGGGUCAGAAAAAUUAAAGGAUGAAUAUUCAUCUAACGUUAGUGUGGAUAUGGAUUCUAACAAAAAGUACGCUGGUUUAAAUGAUGCUAAUCGUCCUACCAUAGAAGGUGAUAACAUUUUUCAAAAACAACGACUAGAACCACUUCAAACUGAAACUGUCACAAGAAGUUAUGACGAUCUCAGGAAACAAAAUAGAGAAGACUAUGCAAAAAAAAUGGCAUCGGGUUGGAAAUCUGCAGAGCCUGCAACGAGAAAAGAAGAGCCCUCAAGAGAGAGAUCAGGCUAG